GUCAGCCAUACCAGAAGCUUCAAAGAAAUCUGUGUGCAAGUUAUCCUCUUUAAGUGACCCCUGCUCCAUGCAGAGGAGCGGUGUGAUUUACCCCAGCUGCCCUGUUCCACAGCUGUGGUGAGAAUGAUGUGUCUCCCCGUUGGUGCUUUCAUCCAGUAGUUUGUAACAGAGAUAAUCGCCUGCCUUCAUACUGAGAAUAACCUGUAGUAAAAGACAAAGGUAUUGGCUUGAGAGAUAGACCCAAAUCUAUACAAUACUAUUUAAUCUUCUUAGGGACUGCAGGUAUUAAAGUGGAUUGGCUGUUCCUCCAGCAAUAUGUCCUUCACACCUGACCCUCUCUUGUAUUAGAACUCCCCUAGCAGAGGCAUAGUGAACAUGGGAUCAUUUUCAUCUGCCUCUCUCUGCAACAGUAUCUCCCAUCUGGCUGCUAAGUGUCAAAGAAGCUUCCAGCACUACGCUCAACCAUUGGUACUCCCCCUCCUCUUGGAUAGCCUCUUUGGAAGGAUCCUACACUUUGAGUCAUGCAGUUUCACUCCUGAUGCUUAAUAUCAGCUAGAAGCUCCAAUGGUGGAUGUAGGUGCAAACCACUGAUCAAGAGAAGUCUUCAGUGGUUUCUGGACGCGGCUCUGAUUUUUGAACCCUUAGGAAAUGCAUUUACCACGGAGAAGGCGGCUACAACGGAGCCGAAUCUUUUUCUUGCUUGCCGUAGUGUUGGUCCUCUCUCUCUACCAACUCCAGUUCAGCCCCUCUGCCCUUCCAGCACCACACACAGCACCCCAACCCACAGACGCUGUCAAAGUGACCUCCAGGGACCUCUCCAGCAACAGGACUGCCAUAACAGGCAAUGCCACAGCAGCACCCAAAAUAAGGCACUGUGUAUAUGUGGAUCCUGAGCCAACUGUGCCCAUCACUAAAUCAGUGGAUACAACACCACAGCCAGAAAAUGUCAGUGAAAGCUUCCCAGAUGAAAAGCCACCAUACGAGUCCAAAGGAGAAUAUCCCCAGGACCUAUUCAGUGUGGAAGAACGCAGGCAAGGGUGGGUUGUACUUCACAUCUUUGGCAUGAUUUAUGUAUUUGUGGCCUUGGCCAUAGUGUGUGAUGAGUAUUUUGUCCCCGCUUUGGGAGUGAUCACAGAGAAGUUGCAGAUCUCUGAAGAUGUGGCUGGAGCCACCUUCAUGGCAGCAGGUGGAUCAGCACCAGAACUCUUCACUUCCCUCAUAGGUGUCUUCAUCUCACACAGCAAUGUGGGCAUCGGUACCAUUGUGGGCUCAGCAGUGUUUAAUAUCCUGUUUGUCAUUGGCACUUGUGCCCUCUUCUCAAGGGAGAUACUCCACCUGACAUGGUGGCCCUUAUUUAGAGACAUCUCAUUCUACAUUGUAGACCUACUGAUGCUCAUCCUGUUUUUCCUAGACAGUGUCAUUGAUUGGUGGGAAAGCCUCCUUUUACUGACUGCUUAUGCCACAUAUGUAUUCACUAUGAAACAGAACGUGUACCUAGAACAAUGGGUGAAGCAGGAGCUGAACAAGAAGCUAAAUGCUGUGCAGGCAGCAUCAGCAGAGCGUAUGCGGAAGAAAAGCGGUGGGGCAGUUGCAGAUGAUGGAACAAAGAAGCCAGCAGAUAGCAAGAAGCUGCAGCCUGCAUCAGCCUUACAACGAGGCAGCAGCUCAGCCUCCCUACACAACUCUCAAAUGCGCAGCACCAUCUUCCAACUCAUGAUCCACACCCUGGACCCUCUGGCAGAAGCAAAAUUUAGAGACAGGGUUGACAUCCUGAGCAACAUCACCAAGGCCAAAGCAGAGACUCUGUCUGGACAAGGAUCAAAACCAGAAGCAGAAGAGGACAAGAAGGCACCAAGCAGCAUGCAGGUAACUCCUGCCAGUGACUCUGAACCCAGCAAAGAUAAUGAGAAAGCAGAUGCAUCGCAAGAUGGACAGUCCUCUUCAGAUAGUGACUCCUCAGAAGACAGCAGCUCAGAGAGCGAGGAAGACAGUGAUGAUGACAGCACAGAUGAUGAUGAUGAAAAUGACCAGCCAUUAUCUCUUGAAUGGCCAGAAACUAGGAAAAAACAAGCCAUUUACCUUUUCCUCUUUCCUAUUGUCUUUCCUCUCUGGAGCACUCUGCCUGACGUCAGAAACCCAGACUCCAAAAAGUUCUUUGUUAUCACAUUUUUUGGAUCCAUCCUCUGGAUUGCUGCAUUCUCGUACCUCAUGGUGUGGUGGGCUCACCAGGUUGGUGAAACAAUUGGGAUAUCAGAGGAAAUUAUGGGGUUAACCAUCCUGGCAGCAGGAACGUCAAUCCCUGACCUCAUUACCAGUGUCAUCGUUGCACGGAAAGGCUUGGGUGACAUGGCCGUCUCCAGUUCCGUAGGCAGCAACAUCUUCGAUAUCACCGUUGGUUUGCCAGUUCCUUGGUUCCUUUUUUCUGUCUUCAAUGGGCUCAGUCCAGUUGCAGUCAGUAGCAAUGGUUUGUUUUGUGCAAUUGUUCUCCUUUUUCUCAUGCUCCUAUUUGUGAUUAUCUCAAUCGCUGUCUGUAAGUGGAAAAUGAACAAACUGCUGGGGCUCACUAUGUUUGCUCUUUACUUUGUGUUUUUGAUCGUCAGUGUGAUGUUAGAAGACAAGAUCAUAUCCUGCCCAGUAUCUGUAUGACAUUUGGACACUUCAAGAUCUAUGUAAGCAUACGUCAAAUUCAAAAGGGUUUAAAAUAGCAUUUGUUCUGCUGAAAAAAGCAAACAGAAUUAUCACAAACUUACUGAGAAUAAAAUAUAUUUAACAUGCUAAGAAAAUAAAUAUAAAUCUCAAGUGGUACGUCAGCCUCUCCUGUUUUUCUUUAUGAUCACCACAGAGCAGAUAAUGAAGUGAACGAUAUCAAAUAACACAUUGUACAAAUAACAUACAUAUUUGGGCAUUUGUGGAAAGGCUGAUAUAAUACAGAUGCAUGUUUUUGGAAUAGCUGAUCCUCUCAAAAUUAAUGGAGCUGAUUUUCAGCACACAAUGUUUACUCAUUACAGUAGUAUUUUCAGGAACACUCUCUGUAAAUUACUUCAUAAACUGCUGAAACUCACCGAAAUCAAUGACCUUCACUUCAGUGGGAACAGGAUCACACCUCUGUGACUUGCUCAUACUCAGCUGCUUUGCUCAAAACCCAUUGUGCGGGGACACAUUCUGCAUCUCAGAAGUGAACUCACUCACAUUGCAUGUAAGCAAUGAGCACGGUGGUCCCUGAGGUUCCUGCUGCAGGUGGUGUGCCACAGCUUCCCAAUGCCGAGGCAGUUCUCACUUCAGUGAAUGCCACUGUGGAGCACCUCCAGCUGGUACUCUACACAGCUCCAAGAAUGUGAUGCACUUCUGUAAGAAACGCUUUUUGCUGGCCCUCUAAAGCCUGUGGGAAUUAUAACUUUAUGGUUGUCAAGGAAAAAAACAAAGCAGUGAGUCAUUUCUGCACGCAGAACCAGAGAUGGGGGAUUGCACAGCAAUCCUGAACAUUAUCCACAUGGCUCCUUUGAAAUCUCUACCUGAUCUUGCAACCUAAAUACCUAAAAUUGGUGCUCAGUGCCAGCAGUACAAGUGAUGCCAUAUGGAUUUACAGCUAACUGUAACAAGAUAGAUCUGGGGGUAGAAUAGCACAUUGCCCCUAAUAAAAGCUAAAACCAGGAAUGAGAAAUACUACAACAAGAAUGAGAAUACUACAACUCAACCAAACUUGAGUUUGGUUUUCAUCCUGACACUAACCUGCUAUUUACAGAUUACUAUUUCCAGCACUAAUUCUUGUUGUUAGCAAUCUUCUACGUAAGCCCUAUGAAAGAAUGCCGUGACGUGAACAAACCUGAACGGUUUAUUGUGAAGAAUGCCUCGUGAGGAAUCAACGUAGUUAAGAGUUGCAGACAUUUCCAUCGUUCUAAUCCAACUAAUAAAACGUUAAUGACAAUAACCAGAAAGAUUUUAAGCUUUUUAUUGUCUCACUGUAAAACUUUUUGGAGGAGACAGGAAAAAAAAAAAAACCUUAACAUUGCGAACACUGACUUUGCAUAUUUUAAAGAAACUACAAACCAAAGCAAACAUCAACAUACUGGGUUUUGGUAAAUAAAAUUUAAACAUUACAUAUUUACAAAUCUACAACCAUUCAUUUAAAAAGUGCUGCUUGCAGACUAACAAAGUACCAUUUUUAAAUCCCAGUGAGAUAAUAUCCAGAAAUACCCUCUGUUAUUACUAUUUGCAUCUCCCAUUUGUGAUAGAAAGAUUUUCCAUGCAGGAAUUUUCUUUCUUGGGGUACAAAUCAUUUAAUUUACCAGCUGAAGUCUAAUUCAUCAGGCUGUAACUGUACAACAGCAAACCACCUCAAAAUGGGAAACAGUUAGCAGUGUCAGAGAAACAGCACAAUUCCUAUUCACAUUUCAGUAUUUAAUCUCCAAUAAUUAUUCCAGUGGAACCAUAAGUAAAGCAAAAUAUAUAUUGCACUGCAAAUGUAAAACCUUCAAGGUUUUUGACAUAAGCAUUAUUUAAUACACAAAAGGAGAAAAUUCAGUUCAUACAAAAUUUAAAUUGAAAAUAGGUCUCAUUUUAUUUAUUCAUCUUUGCGGUACUGGAAAAUAUACUCAAAUCGCUUUUCUAAUAAAGGACAGUGAGAUCUGAAAUCUGUUUUAACACUGAAUUGUAUGAUGCUUAAAAAUUAUGCACCUCAGGACCUACAUUUUGAACAUUAUUAUGACUUGAAUGAGGAAAAUUUCCCACUUAAAGUACUAUUCCAACUACAUUUUAUUAUAGUAUUUCUAUCAUGGACUGACUCGCAACAGACUUUAAAACCAAUUCAUUAAAUAUAAUGAUUUAACUUGAUGAGCUACUACCUGAUAGAAUAACUUGAAAGCACACCCAAAUAGACAUCAGCAAUGCUUCAGGAGUGCCCCACAGUAAGAUCGUUUGAAGGAUGCAUACACAAUCCUUUUCAUGGUACAGUAUAUACUCUUCUGAUAAUACUGGCAGGACUAUUGGUGUUUGAAUGAAGCGGCAAACUUGUUGGCUUUAUACAUCUGAAGAGAGUUGGAAGUGCUUACAAUGAAGCUGGGACUAGAAUGGAGGAAGUGGGCCAUAUCUCGCAAGUGUUGCACCUGUUCCACACACAGUUUGCAGUGUCACGUCCUAGGGAGGGGUGGUUAGAGACCGGGCUCAGGCGCUCCUGCCUGACUAAACUAGGGAGCGGAAGCUCGCUUCAUAGCUCAGCACCUCUAACACACCACAGCAGCUCUGGAAAAAGCACUUGCCCUCCUUCAUGGCUUGAAGGUCCUAUAAAACAGUGGCUGCCCCAACGGGUAAAUGACAUGGGACACGACUGCAGAGAGUUAGGAACUCUACCUUAUACGCAGCACAAACAUGCAUGAGUUUAUAUACACAGCAACUACUGUAUCCAACUUUUACUUGGUAAAUACAGUGCACUGACUGUACAGAGCAGAGCACACAUGCACACUAGUAGGUACUUACAAUGAAUGUGUUAAAUAAAAUCAAAAACCCUGGUGUUUUUCACACUGGUUCAGAAGAAUGAAGGGGGUACGUGUCCACCCUACACUGAUACACUGUGUAGAAUGUACUUGGGUGUAAAGGGUAGCUAUAGUUCAUGCAUGCGGAAUACUUCACAAGCAUGGCAGUACAAAAAGAGAGCAUCACAAAUGGUUAAAAUAAAUUAAAUGUGAGAAAUGUUGGUAAGCGUAGCAUUGCCAGCUCCACCCUGGGAGGGGAUGAUACUUUCAGAAAGGUCAGCUACAUCCUUAGCAGCAAAUUAGAGAAGAGGUACUACCCAAUGAAAGCUGUAUCCCACAAGACCACAUCUUCCCAUUGGCAUCAGCGUACAUCUGCAGCUCUACAGCUUUUAAACUCUUUCUCCUUAGGGCAGCAUCUUCUGACUACUUUAGAGAGGUCUGGGAGGAGUUUACAUAGAGCUUCAUAGCAGCGUUACUUCUCAUUUAAGCCUCCAAGAGGCUCGCUCUAUUUCAUUUAAUGAAGUAAAUGUGAGCUUUGAAGUUUACCUCCUUUCUGCCUGACUAAAUAUUGCUGUAUUACCCUUGCAAACUAAAGAAACUUUUGAAAAUAUCUACUGGUAGGCAGACGAAAAUAUAACAUUUAAUGUAACAGCUGAAUAUUUAAAAGUAUUAUAACAGCAACAACUAAAAUAAAUGAGACUUGGAAAAUCAUUAAGAUAAUUAAAAUAAGCUAUUUCUUAAAGCAGAGUUUAAUUUGUUUAGGUAUUUUAUACGACUCAAUGUCUGUUCUCCCACCUGCAGACGAGACCUCUGAUAUUUGUAGCCUACCUUCUGGAGAGCAGCUGCUACGUGACUGAAAGUACAGAAUAUUUUAUAUCUCUAGAACAAGAAAACAUGAGUCAAAAGCCAUGACUGCAGCACAAGGACUGACAGAGCAUUUUGCUUCACAGAAAAAAACCCAAUUGUUUUGCCUGUGAAAUAAAGAGACCAAACAUUCCAAGUACAUCUAAUUAUGCACAAUAUGCCCCAAUAAGUUACAUUCCCUAUAUAUUCCCUGUAGCAAGUUUGCUGUAUCUACUUGAGUUAAAAGCUUUGGAUUAGAAUUAUGUACGUGUCGUAUUUAGUGUUUCAAAUACAUCCACCAAGACUCUGACCGAUGUGCAUUUACGAAGAACUUCUUGCAGGCUGUUGUUUGCUUUGUAUUACAUCUGUAAUGAGGUCAUAUUAACAAACACCAACAGCUGAGAUGGACUGAUUCUAUAACAUAACCUAUAAGACACUUCCUCUUUACUAGGGAGUAAAGGGAACAGAGAAGAAGCGAAGGAGAAUUCUCCAGAAGUGUUUUACAGGGACAUAAGUAUGUUCAUCAGUAGAGUUUUAUAGAAGCUGACCAUACCUUUCUUCUGAUUGCUGUGGUAACACGUUUUCCAUGUAUGCAUGAGAGAAACCCUGUAUCUAGAGUAUUGUCUAGGUGAAGGUUAACAUUUUUUAUUCUGCUUUAAAACCAAAUUGCUCCUCAAAACGUAACUGGGCAAGUUACUAUAAAUAGCAG